AUGGCCAGGCAGGGCCCGCGGGGGCCGGCCGGGCGGCGGCACGAAGAGCUGCGGCGAAGUCGGCCGCCGGGGCGCAGUGCGGGCGGCCGCUGCUGCCAGCCGGGCCGCGGGACCUGCCCCUCGGUCCUCGGGAUGCUCCUGUCACACCCUGGGGUCCUGGACGCACAGGCAGAUGGAUCUACCUGGACGUGCGUGGACCGGGGGGCCACCUUCCUGCUUUUCAGGCCCAUGGACUGUCUCCGGGCCUCAGAAUAUUCUGGAAGCACCACACUCACCUUCCUUCAGCAGCACUUUGCCAAGACCCCUCGGCACCCCAGACCCAUGCCAGGCCAGCCGUGGGAGAAGCCCGGAGGGCACCUGCCUACCGCCCACUGCCCGCAGCUGACGCUUUGGGGGCAGCAGGCCGCCGUGCACUCCAGGAGCCCAGGCGGUGUCUGUGCUGGGUCAUCUGAUAAGCCAGCCCUGCAAGGCAGUGGGAUCACCGUCCCCGCUUCACAUCAGGACCUGGACCCGCUGCUGUCCAGGGACUCAGAGGGGGCCGCCCCUCACACAGGCCGGGCCAGCAGCCUGCCCAGCGCUUCACAGUGGCACCUGCUCUCGGGGCUGAAGUGGACGGCUGCUCCUCGGGACAGUGUCUGUGCGGAGCCUGCCGUGCUGACCACCCGACAGCUGGCCCAGCUGUGCCACCCUCCGGUGCCGGGCGUGGUGGCAGGGGAGAGGAAGGGCGGGCGCCAGGCUGUGGGCACCCCCACCCGCUCCUUGACCAGCAGCCGCGUGUCCGGGCCCGGGGAGAAAGCAAGCAGGGAGGAGCAGAGGGGCCGAGCAGCUCUGCCUGCACUGGGGCCGUUUCCCUGGUGGCCUCUGACCGGGGCGGCCAUCUGCCCCCCCGAGCGAGAGCCCCCAGUGCCCUUGCUGCUGGGGCUGAAGAUCCUGCCUCUGUUCUCCCUGUUGGCCAACCACGAGAGAAUCAACGCCUGUUGUUUCAAGAUGCCCAGUUGGUGGUCGCUCGUUACAGCCGCCCUGGGACACCCCUGCGGUUAUAACCCAGAGGGCAGCAGUGCCGACGGGACAGGGCCCAUGCAGGGUGCCGGGGGCUCCCGUCCUGGCAGCCACAUGUGUGCUGGCGACCAACAGGGGCCGGGCCUGUGCCUGGGUGAGAUCGAAUUCGGAGGGUCUGGGAAGAAGCGAGGCCAGGCACAGCGUGUCCAGAACCCUCCUCUCUCCGGCCUCAGCCUCUCCCGAGGGGAUGGGGACGCCCAGGUCACACAGCAGGUCAAGACGGGGCCUGCGGGAGCCCCCUGGCCUCUGGCUGCGACCCUGCCCCCCCCACCCUGUGGAGCCCAGCCCUCCCCUGUGCCCAGGGCCCCCUUACCCAGCAGCCCCAUACUCAGCACCCCCAUACUCAGUACCCCCGUGCCCAGCACCCCCAUACUCAGUACCCCCAUGCCCAACACACUCAUGUCACUGGUGGGCGAGGAGCGGCCCUUUGCCCUGAAGCCAUGGCUGAGGGACGUCCUGCGAAAGGGGCUGGUGAAGGCGGCUCAGAGCACACGUGCCUGGAUCCUGACCAGUGCACUCCGUGUGGGCCUUGCCCGGUACGUCGGACAGGCUGUGUGUGACCACUCACUGGCCAGCACGUCCACCAAGGCCCACGUGGUGGCCAUCGGCAUUGCCUCAUUGGGCUGUGUGCUGCACCGUCAGCUUCUGGACGACGCCCAGGAGGACAGCCCUGUCCACUACCCCGUGGACGAUGGUGGCAACCAGGGCCCCCUCUGCCCGGAAAACAACCACUCCCACUUCAUCCUGGUGGACCCGGGCACCCCUGGGAAGGUCAGCGAGCCCGCAGAGCUGCGGCUGAGGUUGGAGAAGCACAUCUCGGAGCAAAGGACCGGCUACGGGGGUGAGGGCAGCAUCGAGAUCCCCGUCCUCUGUCUGCUGGUCAAUGGUGACCCCAGCACCCUAGAGGUAGGCAGCGGCGGCAGGAUUUCCAGGGCUGUGGAGCACGCUGGCCCGUGGCUCAUCCUGGCGGGCUCGGGGGGCGUCGCCGACAUGCUUGCUGCCCUGACGAACCAGCCCCACCUCCUGGUGCCCCAGGUGGCUGAGAAGCAGUUUAGAGAGAAGUUUCCCAGUGAGAACUUCUCCUGGGAGGACGUCGUGCACUGGACAGAACUGGGGCAAGGCCGCCGCCUGGGGGCUGUCAGUGGCCGGGAGGGACCCCUGGCACGGCUGCACUCUGCUGUGUGUGUGAGCGUGUGGGCGUCCCACAAGAGCCGCAGCCAGGAGGCGCAGGACUACCCGGAUGAGCUGAAGCUGCCCGUGGCCUGGGACCGCGUGGACAUCGCCAGGAGCGAGAUCUUCAACAGGGACGUGCGGUGGAAGUCCCACGACCUGGAGGAGGUGAUGAUGGACGCGCCGGUGAGCAGCAAGCCUGAGUUCGUGCGCCUCUUCGUGGACAGUGGCGCCGACGUGGCGGACUUGAGGUACGGGCGGCUGCAGCAGCCCUACCGCUCGGUGCCCCCCAAGAGCCUGCUCUUCCACCUGCUGCAGCACACGCACGGGGAAGGCCGGCUGACGUGGGCCGGGCUGGGCGCCCAGCAGGCCCGGGAGCCGCCCGCCUUCUCCCUGCACGAGGUGUCGCGGGUGUUCAGGGCCUUCAUGCACGACGCCUGCCGUGGGCUCUACCAGGCGGAGCAGGGCCCGGUCCGGCAGCCCACGGUCCAGAAGGGGCUGCUGGACCUGAAGCAGAGGAGCGAACCCUGGAGGGACCUGUUCCUGUGGGCGGCGCUGCAGAACCGCCACGAGAUGGCUACCUACUUCUGGGCCAUGGGGAGGACUCCGGGGAGGGGCCGGGGCCAGGAGGGCGUGGCAGCCGCUCUGGCCUCCUGCAAGAUCCUCAAAGAGAUGUCCCACCUGGAGCCGGAGGGGGGGGCCGAGGUGGGCCGCACCCUGCGUGAGGCCAAGUACGAGCAGCUGGCCUUGGACCUUUUCUCCUAGUGCUACCGAAGCACGGUGCGCCGGAACCGCUCAUGCAGCAGGGCCACGUGUCUGCACCUGGCCACCGAGGCCGACACCGAGGCCUUCUUUGCCCACGACGGGGUGCAGGCCUUCCUGACCGAGAUCUGGUGGGGGGACGUGGCCGCGGGCACGCCCAUCCUGAGGCUGCUGGGUGCCUUCCUCUGCCCAGGCCUCGUGUAUACCAACCUCAUCACCUUCAGUGAGGAGGCCCCUCUAAGGACGGGCCCAGAGGACCUGCAGGGGCUGGGCAGUCUGGACACGGAGAAGAGGCUGCUCUGUGGCCCGGGCAGUCGGUGAGGGCCCUCUGGCCAAGGCGCCAGGAACUCAGCGCGGCCGAGGCCCCGAGCCGCCUCCUCGUUCACGCGCUGGCGGAAGUUCUGGGGGGCACCCGUGACCGUGGUCCUGGGGAACGUGGUCACGUACUUUGCAUUCCUCUUCCUGUUCACCCACGUCCUGCUGGUGGACUCCAGGUUCCCUCCCCAGGGGCUGUCGGGGGCUGAGGUCACCCCCUACUUCUGGGUCUUCACGCUGGUGCUGGAGGAGAUCCGGCAGGGCUUCUUCACAGAUGAGGACAUGCACCUGGGGAAGAAUGCACUCUACGUGGAGAACAACUGGAACAAGUGUGGCAUGGUGGCCAUGUUCCCGUUCGUCGUCGGUGUCACCUGCAGGAUGCUGCCCUCAGUGUUUGAGGCCGGCCGCACGAUCCUUGCCAUCGACUUCAUGGUGUUCACGCCCCGGCUCAUCCAUGUCUUUGCCCUCCACAAGCAGCUGGGCCCCAAGAUCAUCAUCGUGGAGCGGAUGAUGAAGGACGUCUUCUUCCUCCUCUUCCUCCUGAGCAUGUGGCUUGUGGCCUACGGCGUGACCAGCCAGGCACUGCUGCACCCCCAUGAUGGGCGCCUGGAGUCCAUCUUCCGCCGUGUGCUCUACCGGCCGUACCUACAGAUCUUCGGGCAGAUCCCACUGGACGAGAUCAACGAAGCCUGCGUGAACUGCCCCGUGCACCCCCCGCUGCUGGAGGACUCGCCCUCCUGCCCCAACCUCGACGCCAGCUGGCUGGUCACCUUCCUGCUGGUCACCAACGUGCUGCUAAUGAACUCGCUCAUCGCCAUGCUCAGCUACACGUUCCAGGUGGUGCAGGGCAAUGCGGACACUUUCUGGAAGUUCCAGCGCUACCACCUCAACGUGGAGAACCACGAACGCCCCGCCCCGGCCCCGCCCUUCAUCCUCCUCAGCCACCUGAACCUGGUGCUCAAGAGGUUCUUCCGGAAGGAGGCCCAGCAGAAGGGGGCGCGCCUGGAAAGGGACCUGCCGGAGCUCCUGGACCAGAAGAUGGUAACCUGGGAGGCGGUGCAGGAGAACUUCCUGAGCGAGCUGGAGAGGCGGAGGAAGGACAGCGGGGAGGAGCUGCCGCGGAAGACGGCCCACAGGGUGGACUUCGUAGCCAAGUACCUCGGGGGCCUGAGAGAGCAGGAGAAGCGGCUCGAGCGUCCGGAGUCUCAGGUCGACUGCUGCACGGUGCUCCUCUCCUCCAUGGCCGACACGCUGGCCCGCAGGAACAGCUACUGGAGUAGGUGUGGCUGUCCCCACACGUCCUGGGUGGGCUUGGGGCAGGGCGGGCGGGAAACCCACCGCCAGCCCGCUGCCCUGGGCCUCCGCUUCCCACCUGUCCUGGGAGGGGCCCGGCCUACGUCUCUGAUGGCCUUUGGCUGA